AAUGGACAUCAUAAGGGGGAGUCUGGAGGAAAUUUCACGCCCCGCGUCCAGCGCCAGGGUCCAUCUUGGGACCCCGGGGUCGAGCACUUCCUUGGAGGUGCUGACGCCGGAGCCAAGUCUGCCCAAGGCCAUCGCCACGGUUGAGUCUCCCCCCGCUGACCGACGCCUCAGCCCUGAGAGCCGUCGGGCAGAGGGAAGCGGCGGGAGCGAUCAAGGCGAGAGAGAGCAAUGCUCUCGUCUCAGUGGCCCGCACCAAGGCUGUUCAGAGGAUGGGACUGGCAGCGAUUGCCCCCGGCUGAUCCAGAGUCCUCUGCCCUCGGACUCCGGUUCCAGCCUGGGGGACUCGGAAGACGACUGCGCCACCGUGGCCUCGUCCACACCCAGGAAGCCGUCACCGGAGCCCCGGAUUCACGUGGCAGAAGGCACUCUCAAGGUCAAAGAGGCAGACCCUCGGCUCCAGGCGGCCAUACAGAAGAUGAAGAGCCUGGAUAAGCUGCUGGUGAAGAGACUGUCUCAGGAAAAGGAAAUCAAAAAGCAAGGCCAAGAAAUGAGGAUAAAGCUGUGGGCAGAUCUUCGGUUGGUCACAUAUCCAGGAGAUUUAGGAAGAAAUGAGGAGAUAGAAAAUACAAGAAAGUUUUGGGCUUUGACCGCAUCAUCUGAAGAAGCAGCAGCAGCUGCUCCUUCCCGCUGUGAGGAAGACGGUGCUGUGUUCCACUCAGUGUUCCACACCCAGCUUCCUCCCGGAGACUACGAGAACAGAGGAGGAGGAGGAGCCGGGCUGGAUCCCGAAAGCGAAAGGGAAGCCGGCGAGUCUUCAGACAAAGCCGGAGAGAAGCCGUCAUCCCGAGGCGAGAGCGAGCUCAGGGCAAACACGUGUCAGGAUUUCAUCAAGAGGAACAUCGAGCUGGCCAAGGAUGCAGGGGGCCAAUUAGUGAUGAUGGAUGAGGAGAAGAAGAGGCUGGUUGAACUAUUGAAAGCCAGUGAAGACGAAGGCGGUGACUUUCCGGCCACGGAGGAGGAGGGGUCUGGCUGGACCGUGCCGGGAGAAGGCUACACCCCCGAGCCCACCGUCUGCCGGCAGCUGGCGGAAAUAGACGCCAAGCUCCGGGAAGUCGUCUCGGAGACCGUCUCAGAGGUUCCCAGCUUUUCCUCAAGACUCCAGGGCCACCUGGACCAGGGCGACCCGACUCCGGGUGUGGUUCCCGGGGACAAGGCCCUCCAACGCAAUAAAGAGGAACGGGACCAGCGAAAUCGGCUGAGAGAGAUAGACCGGCAGCUGAGAGCCCUGAAAGGAGACCCUGUGGAGGGCCUGCCGGGCCCGUCGGAAGAACGGCUCAGGCUCCCGCUGGGCAGAGGCCGCCUGGCUCCAGGGCCGGCGAGUGACCUGGUUCCGCCCAGUCCUACGGACCAGCCCCUCCUACCCUCUGGCUUGGACGGACCCGCCACCGUCGGGUCGGUGGCCCCGGGCCCUCCCGGCUUGGCAGAAGAGGUGGAGGUGGCGGCUCCAGGCGACGCUGACAACAACGAUGAUGUCUUCACGGUGUCAACCCCCCGGGGGGCUGGAGGUCUGGAGAACCCCUCUUUCCCAGAGGAGGAGGGGUGCCAAGCAAGCUGGACCAACGAUCCCGAUCUGUCAGCCGGAGCCCCCCGGCCCGGCGUUCCCAGGACACCCCGUACAGAAGGGGAAUGUAGGAGCUUCAGGCCCCCGGAGGGCGACGCGGCCAAGAGACGUGGAGGUGGAGGGAAGGGCUGACUUGUACGGCUGCCUUGCUGUCUCUCUUCAUCCCCAGUGCCCGCAUUUGGAUAAACAGGAUCCCGGCCUAAUUCAGUCCCCCACCCUGUCCCUUUUCCUGCUGCCUAUCCAGAAUGGAGCAAGUGAUUCCCUCAGGAGGGCAUUUUAAGAAAAUUCUGGACUAAGAUGGUCA